CAAACAGAUCGCAGAGGGAGGGAAGAAGCCAUGGCCAUGAAGGCUCACGUCCUGGUCCUGCCGUUCCCGUCGCAGGGCCACGUCACGCCGCUCAUGGAGCUAUCCCACCGCCUGGUCGACCACGGCUUCGAGGUCACCUUCGUCAACACCGAGGUGGACCACGCGCUGGUGGUCGCCGCGCUGCGCGGCGGCGAGGCGACGCUGCUGGGCGGCGGCGGCGGCAUACACCUGGCGUCCAUCCCGGACGGGCUGGCCGACGACGAGGACCGCAAGGACCUCAACAAGCUCAUCGACGCCUACACGCGCCACAUGCCGGGCCACCUGGAGCGGCUCAUCGCCGGCCUGGAGGCCGCUGGGCGGCCCAGGGUGAAGUGGCUCGUCGGCGACGUCAACAUGGGCUGGUCCUUCGAGGUCGCCAAGAAGUUCGGCAUCAGGGUCGUGUCCUUCUGGCCGGCGGCCACGGCGUGCUUGGCCUUGAUGCUCAAGAUCCCCAAGCUGAUCGAGGACGGACUCAUCGACGACAAGGGCUUGCCACGGCGUCAGGAGACGUUCCAGCUCGCCCCGGGGAUGCCGCCGCUGCACACGUCGCACCUGUCGUGGAACAACGCCGGCGCGCCGGAGGGGCAGCACAUCAUCUUCGACCUGGUCACCCGGAACAACAAGCUCAACGGCCUCGCCGAGAUGACGGUGGGCAACUCCUUCCACGAGGCCGAGGCCGGCGCGUCCAAGCUCUUCCCCAACGUCCUGCCCAUCGGCCCGCUGUUCGCCGACCGGGAGUUCCGGAAGCCCGUCGGGAACUUCCUGCCGGAGGACGAGCGGUGCAUCAAGUGGCUCGACGCGCAGCCCGACGGGUCCGUCGUGUACGUGGCCUUCGGCAGCAUGGCCAUCUUCGACCCGCGCCAGUUCGAGGAGCUGGCCGAGGGGCUGGAGCUCACCGGCCGGCCGUUCCUGUGGAUAGUGCGGCCGGACUUCACCCCCGGCCUGAGCAAGGCGUGGCUCACCGAGUUCCACGAACGCGUCGCCGGCAGAGGCAUGAUCGUCAGCUGGUGCUCCCAGCAGCAGGUCCUGGCGCACCGUGCGGUAGCGUGCUUCGUGUCGCACUGCGGAUGGAACUCGACGAUGGAGGGUGUCAGGAACGGCACGCCGUUCCUGUGCUGGCCCUACUUCUGCGACCAGUACCUGAACCGGAGCUACGUGACCAACGUGUGGAGGACCGGCCUGGCGGUGGCGCCGGGCGCGGACGGGAUCAUAACCAAGGAGGAGCUGAGGAGCAAGGUGGAGGAGGUCGUCAGCGACGCCGAGAUCAAGGAGAGGGCGCGGCUGUUCAAGGACGCGGCUCGCUGGUGCGUCAGCGAAUGGGGGUCAUCGUACGAGAACUUCAACAAGCUUGUGAACCUGAUGAGUGAGUCUCACAUCCUGGUGCUGCCGUUCCCGGCGCAGGGCCACGUCACGCCGCUCAUGGAACUCUCCCACCUUCUGGUCGACCACGGCUUCGAGGUCACCUUCGUCAACACCGAGGUGGACCACGCGCUGGUGGUCGCCGCGCUGCGGGCGUCCGGCGGCGAGGCGGCGCUACUGGGCGGCGGCAUCCACCUGGCGUCCAUCCCGGAUGGGCUGGCCGAUGACGAGGACCGCAAGGACCUCAGCAAGCUCAUCGACGCCUUCACGCGCCACAUGCCGGGCCACCUGGAGCGGCUCAUCGUCAACAUGGAGGCCGCCGGACGGCCCAGGGCCAAGUGGAUCGUCGGCGACGUGAGCAUGGGUUGGUCCUUCGAGGUCGCUAAGAAGUUCGGCAUACGAGUCGUGGCCUUCUGGCCGGCGGCCACGGCGGGCUUGGCCAUCGUGCACAAGAUCCCUAAGCUGAUAGAGGACGGACUCAUCGACGACAAGGGCUGGCCACGAAGGCAGGAGACGUUCCAGCUCGCCCCGGGGAUGCCGCCAUUGCACACGUCGCAGCUGACAUGGAACAACGCCGGCCCGCCCGAGGGGCAGCCCAUCAUCUUCAACCUGGUGGUAUCCCAGAACAAGCAGCUCAAAGACCAUGCCGAGAUGUCGGUGGGCAACUCCUUCCACGAUGCCGAGGACGGCGCGUUCAAGCUCCUCCCCAACAUCCUGCCCAUCGGCCCGCUGUUCGCCGACCGGGAGUUCCGGAAGCCCGUCGGGAACUUCCUGCCGGAGGACAAGCGGUGCAUCAAGUGGCUCGACGCGCAGCCCGACCGGUCCGUCGUGUACGUGGCCUUCGGCAGCAUGGCCAUCUUCGACCCGCGCCAGUUCGAGGAGCUGGCCGAGGGGCUCAAGCUCACCGGCCGGCCGUUCCUGUGGGUGGUAAGGCCGGACUUCACCGCCGGCCUGAGCAAGGCGUGGCUCCACGAGUUCCAUCAACGCGUCGCCGGCAGAGGCAUGGUCGUCAGCUGGUGCUCCCAGCAGCAGGUCCUGGCGCACCGUGCGGUGGCGUGCUUCGUGUCGCACUGCGGGUGGAACUCGACGAUGGAGGGUGUCAGGAACGGCGUGCCGUUCCUGUGCUGGCCCUACUUCGUCGACCAGUACCUGGACCGGAACUACGUCACCGGCGUGUGGAGGACCGGCCUGGCGGUGUCGCCCAACGCGGACGGGAUCGUGACGAAGGAGGAGCUGAGGAGCAAGGUGGAACAGGUCGUCGGCGACGCCGAGAUCAGGGAGAGGGCGCGGCUAUUCAGGGACGCGGCUCGCAGGUGCGUCAGCGAAGGAGGAUCCUCGUACGAGAACUUCAAAAAGCUUGUGAACCUGCUGAGUGAGUGAGUUGAGGACCGCGGCCUUCUUUACUACUCCUACGCUCAAAAGAAUCCUUUGCAAUUCGCCUGCACUUGUUACGAUAGCAGAGUUUCUGUUCCCAUGCAUGUGUUCCAAUUUCCUUGACAGGGCUAGUACUCGAUCUAGACUUUUU